AUGGCUGAGGCUGUUGUUUCAUUUGUGGUUGAAAGGCUUGGAGACUUGGUACUUAAUGAAGCUAAGUUCUUGGGUGGUGUCAGAGGCCAAGUCAUGGAUGCACAGACCAAGCUGCAAUGGAUGUUUGCUUUCUUGAAAGACGCCGAUGCUCAUGUAAGAGAUGGCGAUUCAAGAGUGCGCCUUUGGGUUGUCCAGGUUAGAAAUAUUUCUUAUGAUUUGGAGGAUGUUAUUGAAACUUAUGUCCUGAAAGUAGCUUCCAUGAGGAACGGUAGAGGUGUUAUAAGUGUGUUGAAAAGGUAUUCUUGCAUGUUUAAGAAAGGAAUCAAUGUCCGUAGAGUUGGAUUAGAGAUUGAGAAGAUCUCAUCUAGCAUUGCUACUUUGACGUCGAAUUUACAAACAUAUGGCAUAAGGGAGUUAAGGGUCAAUGAGUUAGGUGAAACUUCAUCAAACAACAACCAACGGAGAAGAGUUGAGGUCGUUGGAUUCGAAGAAGACAUCAAAGUGUUGGUAUCCCUUUUGACUACAAACGACAAGCAUAGGGUGAUCUCUAUAUGCGGUAUGGGUGGUUUGGGGAAGACUACUCUUGCAAGAAAAGUUUAUCAUCAUCCUCGAGUCAGGACUCACUUUGAUUGUUUUGCUUGGGCCGCGAUAUCUCAACAAUGUGUAGUGAGAGAUGUAUGGGAAGAAAUCUUGAUUAGUCUGACUUCUCCUACACAAGCCAAACGAUCAGAAAUCAAAAGCAUGGGCGAUAGUGAAAUAGCUAAAGAGCUUUACAAUCUUCAGAAACAGAGGAAAUGUUUGGUGCUCCUUGAUGACAUUUGGGACACUCUAACUUGGGAUUGUCUAAAAGCUGCAUUUCCUCAAGAUGAAAAUGACAGCAAGAUUUUAAUCACAACUCGAAAUAAGAAUGUAGCUCUUCAUGCUGAUCAAAAUGGUGUUAUUCAUGAACCUCAUUGUCUCGACGAGGAUGAAAGUUGGGAGCUCUUUCGAAACAAAUCUUCAUGUUUUGGAAAUGAUCCAACAAACUCCAGAGAUAAAGAAAGAAAAGAAGUACUGGGGCGAGAGAUGCUUAGAUACUGCUCGGGUUUGCCAUUAGCCAUCAUCGUGCUGAGCGGGCUUCUAUCUAUGAAACACACAGUUAAUGAGUGGGAGGAGAUGACAGGAAAUAUAGUGACAUACAUAACUAAAGGCAGAGAGCAUGACUCAGAAUAUCAAGGUGUUUCAUGGGUUUUAGGUUUGAGUUACGAUGAGUUACCAAUUUAUUUGAAGCCUUGUUUUCUAUACUUGUCUGUACCUGAAGACUCGAAGAUACAAGUAAAUGAAUUAUGUCUUAUGCUAAUUGCGGAAGGUUUCAUAUCAUCAACCAGAGGAAGUACAACAUAUUCUAUGGAGGAUGUGGCAUAUGAUUGGUUAAGUGAGUUAGUUCAUAGAAGCAUGAUUCAAGUAGAAAAUUGGAGUUUAAGAGGAAGAAUGAAAACAUUUCAAAUACAUGAUCUAAUGCGAGACUUGUGCCUGUCUAGAGCUGAAAAGGAGAGCUUUUUACAAUUUAUUGACAUGAGGAAUAAAUGGGAGGAGCCACUACAACCUAUAGCAACUGAUCUACGUAUGGAUGCAUGCAGGCGAACAUUACCAAAAGAAAUUGGAAAGCUUAUUCACUUAAGGAUGUUAAGUAUUGAGGCCGAUGUGAGAAAGAUCCCGUCUUCUAUUGGUAAUUUGAGAUGCUUGCAGACAUUAAAGUUAAAAUGUGGGAUUUUGGAAAGGAAAAUGCCUAAUGUAAUAUGGAAGUUGGAACAAUUAAGGCAUUUAUACAUACCCUCAUUCUCUAGUAAAUGGUUGAGGUUACCUAAAGAUUUACAAACAUUGGCAUGUGUUCAAACCAAAUACCUUGUUAGGAAAGAUUUUCUGCAAUUGAAGAAUCUAAAGAAGUUACAUAUUUAUGUGGACAAAAACUUUGGGAGAAUUUUUCAAGAUCCUCCAACCAUCACAUUCAACCGUCUUUGGAAUUUACAAGUAUUUUCUCAAUCAUAUGAUAGUAUUGAUAUUGUUCCUAUGUUAUUAAGCUGCCCUCAAAUUUAUAAGCUCAAAUUGUGGUCUCCUGUGAUAAAAUUGCCUGAAGACAGCCAAUUCUCUCCGAACCGAAUCAAGUUAGAUUUGAGAGACACUCGUCUUAAGGAUGAUCCAAUGCCAACCCUUGAAAAGCUACCAAAUUUAAGAGUCCUUUGUUUUCGAGCUUAUAGCUUCAAGGGGAAUGUGAUGGUGUGCUCAAAUGGAGGUGUCCCUCAGUUGGAAUCUCUUCACAUUGAUUCUCUAUCUUGCUUAAGAGAGUUGAAGAUGGAGGAAGGGGCUUUGUCUAGUCUUUGCUUUUUUGGGAUUAAAAGCUCGGGGUUCGACAGUGUUCCAGAUGGAUUAAGAUACAUUACUACACUUAAGGAAAUCAAGAUUGAAGGUAUGUCUGAAAUAUUCAAAGAGAGGUUAAAGGAAGGAGGACAGGAUUUCGACAAAGUCAAGCACAUCCCAUCCCGUCUACUUCUCUAGUGAUGAUUAAGAUUAUUGUAUCAUUAAAUUUGAGGUGUUGGACCUGAAGCUGAAUUCUUCUCAUUUGUUGGCUUUGGCCAAAGCCAGCACACAGUUCUUCAAGGUGUUGGAACUCUGGCUUAGUUUUUUUACUUGUUACUUUGUUACUUUUCUCAUCUGCAAUAUGAAACUCUUUUACAAGACGCAGUUUCAAUAGCGCUUCUGAAAUCUUUCAUCCAAGUUGGAUCGCGGGGAGCUCAUUGUGCUAUGAAGCUGCUAUGGCCAUUCUCAGAGAUUGUUGACUCAUUAGGACAACUGAAAGAUCAGAGAUCCCUUUAUAAGGAAUUGGGUGAAUGGACUUGGUGGAGUGAAAUCUAAUGGUGUUCUCACAUAACUACCUUAAGUUUUAGUUAUGUGUUCUAAGCUGAAUUCCCAAAGAUAAAUUCACCUUUUAGUCUUUAAUUUUUGUUUUGGUUAUUCAAAUCAAGUUCAGCAGGAAGAAGUGUAUGAGGUGAAGUUGGUUUGAUCUCCUCCAUUAGCACAUGAAAGACUUCUGAGGAGAAUAACAGAGAAAUAUAUUACUUUAUUUAUUAUUAUUUUCAAUGUUAUUAGUUUAUGAUAUUUCUAAUGGAAAAAAAAAUCCAUAUAAAAAAAGUGUGGUGCUUAAAUGACAGUAAUCAAAAUGGAUAAGUGUUUAUCGAGGUUCAAUUACAUGUUUUGGAUAGAACUUGAA